AGUCUGCAGGACAUUCACUGAUGCCAGUUUAAUUUGAGCAAAAUGGCUUUACAUUUCGGAUUAUACAUUUUGGGGAGCAUAGCUUUAAUAAUACUGCUUAUUCUGCUGGCGUAUGUAGCAUUUCCUCCAGUUCAAAGCUACUUGCACAAAUGGAGGCAGAUGAGGCCCAUUCCAGGAAUGGAAGGUGCCUUUCCUCUCAUUGGCAAUGCACUGCAGUUUAAAACCAAUGCAGCAGAUUUUUUCAACCAGCUGGUCGAGGGCACCAGUCAAAACAGACACAGACCUCUAGUGAAAGUUUGGGUGGGACCCAUCCCCUUCCUCAUCUUAUACCAUGCAGAGAACAUUGAGGCUGUUCUUAGCAAUUCCAGGCAUCUAGAUAAAUCCUACUCGUACAGAUUCUUGCACCCCUGGCUUGGCACAGGUCUGCUUACUAGUACAGGAGACAAGUGGAGGAGCAGACGCAAAAUGCUCACCCCAACGUUCCACUUCUCAAUCCUUAUGGACUUCCUUGAGGUGAUGAAUGAACAGAGUGAUAUUUUAGUCCAGAAGAUGCAGAAACAUGUGGAUGGAGAACCAUUCAACUGCUUCAGCUAUAUAACACAGUGUGCUUUGGACAUCAUUUGUGAAACUGCAAUGGGUAGACGGAUUUAUGCACAGAGUAAUUCUGACUCAGAGUAUGUCCAGAGUGUGUAUAAGAUGAGUGACAUUAUCACUCGGAGACAGAGGGCACCCUGGUGGUGGUCUGACUGGAUUUAUAAUGCAUUAGGAGAGGGUAGAGAACAAGCAAAAAGACUCAAAAUCUUGCACACCUUCACAGCUGGUGUGAUAAAAGAGAGAGCAGAGUGUGCAAGUGAAGAAUCUGACAGUGAAUCAGACCAUGGCCCCAAAAAGAGAAGGGCAUUUUUGGACAUGCUGUUAAAAACCACAAAUGAUGAGGGUGCUGUGCUGAGCCACGAGGACAUUCAAGAAGAAGUGGAUACCUUCAUGUUUGAGGGGCAUGAUACUACAGCAGCUUCUAUAAACUGGGCGCUGCAUCUGAUAGGCGCUCAUCCUGAAGUCCAGAGGAAAGUGCAGGCGGAGCUACAGGAUGUGUUUGGUUCAAGUAAGCGCCAUGUGAGGGUGGAAGACCUCAAAAGGCUGCGCUACCUGGAGUGUGUCAUCAAGGAGAGCCUGCGAAUCUUUCCUGUCGUGCCUCUGUUUGCGCGCAGCAUCUGUGAAGACUGUCAUAUAAAUGGGUUUAAAGUUCCAGCAGGUGUGAAUGCCGUGAUCAUUCCAUAUGCUCUUCAUCGUGAUCCCCGUUUUUUCCCGGAUCCUGAGGAGUUUAGACCUGAGCGCUUCCUACCAGAAAACAGCACAGGAAGACACCCAUAUGCAUACAUCCCAUUCUCCGCUGGCCCUAGAAACUGCAUCGGUCAGCGGUUUGCUCUGAUGGAGGAGAAGGUAGUUCUUUCCUCAUUGUUGCGUCACUUUGACGUCCAGGCAUGUCAGAGUCGUGAAGAGCUGAGACCCCUAGGUGAGCUCGUCCUCCGACCAGAAAAGGGCAUCUGGAUCCGAUUACACAAGAGGACCAACUAAGCUAAAGCCAUAUAUAAAUGGAUGACACAUUAAAGGGAAAAAAAAACUAACAAAGUGUCUUUGGAAGAUGUUGAAGCCUCCAGAAGAGUUUUCAUGAACCUUGGUGGAGAUUCUGCAAAUUUCUGGACAUCCUUACAACUGUACAGGAAAAACAAAAAUCAUUCUAGCGAAGAUAUUCACUUUACUACUAAUUUGAUGAUAUUUGGUUUAGAGUGUUGUCUAGCAUAUCAGUUGAUACAUUUACCCUAGGUGUUCAAUCAAACUGUUUAGUGACCUCUUGUGUCUUGUGCAUGAGGGGCAAUACAGUGUCUAUCAGAAUAAAAAUGUUUAAUUAUAAUAAUGA